UGACAGAGACUCAAAAGAGUGAGAAUGAGCUUUGUGUUUGGCUGUUUGCCCUUUCCAAAUUGCAGUGUCUGUAGCGCGGGAAGGAACCUUGGAAUGGAACGGUUUUGCGUUCACCCAAAGACAGGAAUAGUUAUCUGUAGGUCAGAUUCGCUCUUUACUUUCUACAUACUUCACUCUCUUCCCAAGGUGAAAUUAUCUGUUCAAUUCGAUGCAUAGAGAGAUUCCUCUCUUGCUUCAAUCUACGUGUAUAUAUCCAUGCAAUGCCUUCUGUAACCAUAGAAAUAAUCGAUUUCGAUCUAGUGCGGGUUGUUUCUUUACGCUUAAGUGGACUUCCUUAAUUAGAACCUCUCUCUUCCCCUCCACGGAUCAGCUUGUCCUGUAGAAUGACAAGGGGUCUUAAGUUCGGCUGCGCCAUGAUUAUUCAAGUUUGUCAUUGGGGAAUAAUUAUGGUUGAUCACCGUAAGUUUUAGGAAGCCCCAUUGGGCGCAGAACGGCAUUUUUGGUUGAGCCCCCCUUCAAAGGAAUUCUUUAUAUAAAACUAUACGUACUGGUUUCAUAUUUUCAAUUCACUCUUGAUUGAUCUCAAUUGCAUUAUUUAGCAAUUUUCAUUUGCAAAAUAUGUGGCCGCUCUGAAGUUUAGUAUUGGCGAGAUUUAAAGACGAUGAUUGACCGUCGUUGUAUCUAAAAUCUGGAAGCUUAAGAGUUUGGAUUGGUGAGAGUCCUUUAAUUUCAGGGCUCCAUCAGAUGUCUGCAAUUCGACUUCGUAUUAUAUAUGUAGGGUGAUCUAUUAUCAAAUAUCUAGUUUUUGUAUGUACGUAUAGAAAACCCUGGUUCACCUAACUCUGGAAAAAUCCAUCUUCGUUUAUCUUGAAAUUGAAGUAUGGUACAAAUGGGUUGGAGAUUAUUUUAAGAUUAAGAAUCAUAAACAUCCUUGACCUUUGAGCCUUAGGCUUCCAUUCCAAUUCAAGCAUUACUUAUCUGCAAGACAAAGCGAAAGAUUACAGAAAGACUGGAGCACUCUGAGAAGGAAAAGCAGCAAAAUAAAUAUUUUUCGGGGGAUUCUAGAAAUGUUUAAUUGGUUCUACAAUUAAUUUGAUCCCGCAGUCUUGGAUAAAUCGCACAAAGAACAGGUAGGAUCGAAAGCAAACGGCUUUCCCAACUGGAGUUUCUCUUAUUGGUUGGUUUGUUGGCCCCGCACUUUUCCGUAGCCUUCACUUGCAAUUUUGCUGGGCAAUUCAUGUAUAUAAUGAAGAGGUUCUCUGCCUGCUUCUUCACAAGCAGAGCCUCCAAAUCCCACCGUCACCUCAACAGCAGUCAUCCUCAGCUCUUCUCGUUGAUUGUUGAAUUGGCUUAGAGGACCGGAGAAGCUAUGGAAACCAUCCAAAAGAACAAUCCUGGAAGCGACUCAAAGAUCAUGAAAGGAAAUGCUUCUUGUCCAAGUGAGAGGAGGUCUACUAAUAUCAUAUUAAACCAUGACUUCUCUGGAGGGCUGGAGUCAUGGCAUCCGAAUUGCUGCCAUGGCUAUGUAGUUUCAGCUAAAUCAGGUUCUCAAGGAAGAAUGUUGGUGGAGUCAGAUGGUAAUUAUGCUGUUGUCACUAGCCGUAAGGAAUGCUGGCAAGGUCUGGAACAAGAUAUCACAGGCAAAAUUUCCGUUGGCUCCACUUACAAAGUUUCAGCUUGUGUUGGAGUAUCUGGGCUUCCUCAGGCAAAUACUGAUGUUCUAGCAACUCUUAAACUGCAAUAUCAAGAUUCAGCUACUAGUUACUUGUUCAUUGGGAGGACGUCAGUAACAGAGGCCAGCUGGGCAAGGCUAGAAGGGACAUUUUCCUUGCCAACUAUUCCUGAACGGAUUAUAUUUUAUCUAGAAGGACCUGCUUCUGGAGUUGACCUGCUUAUAAAAUCAGUAGAGAUCACCUGUUCCAGUCCCAACGAGUAUAACGUAAUUUCUGCAUGCAUUAAAUGUGAUUCUACUGGAGAUGACAACAUCAUAAUAAACCCGACAUUUGAUGAUGGCCUGAAUAAUUGGUCUGGAAGAGGCUGCAAGAUUGCUUUGCAUAACUCCAUGGCAGAUGGAAAGAUCCUCCCCAAAAUUGGGAAGUAUUUUGCAUCAGCAACGGAACGCACACAAAGUUGGAAUGGGAUUCAACAAGAGAUCACUGGAAAAGUACAGCGUAAGCUUGCCUAUGAGGUCACUGCUUUAGUUCGGAUAUAUGGUAACAAUGUCACCUCUGCCAAUGUACGGGCUACCUUGUGGGUCCAAACACCAGAUCUUCGAGAGCAAUAUAUAGGCAUUGCCAAUGGGCAGGCUACAGACAAAGAUUGGGUUCAAAUGCAAGGCAAGUUCCUUUUAAACGGUUCACCAUCAAAGGUAGUAGUUUAUUUAGAAGGUCCUCCUCCUGGCACAGACAUACUUGUCAAUACUUUGGUUUUGAAGCAUGCAGCUAAAGCACCUCCCUCAACACCACCAGAUUUUAAGAAUGCUGCUUUUGGAGUUAAUGUGAUUGAGAACAGCAAUUUGACUGAUGGUACCAACGGAUGGUUUCCCCUUGGCAAUUGUACUUUAAGUAUUGGAACUGGUUCUCCGCAUCUUAUUCCUCCAAUGGCAAGAGACUCCCUUGGUCUUCAUGAACCACUGAGUGGACGCUACAUACUUGUGACCAAUCGCACGCAAACAUGGAUGGGUCCUGCUCAGAUGAUCACUGAAAAAUUAAAACUUUUCUUGACUUACCAAGUAUCUGCUUGGGUUCGCAUUGGCUCAGGAUCAACUGGUCCACAAAAUGUUAAUGUUGCCCUUGGUGUUGACAGCCAGUGGGUCAAUGGGGGACAAGUUGAGGUCUCUGAUGAUAAAUGGUAUGAAAUUGGUGGGUCCUUCAGAAUUGAGAAGCAACCGUCGAAAGUUAUGGUUUAUAUCCAAGGUCCUGCUUCUGGAGUAGACUUAAUGGUUGCUGGACUUCAAAUCUUCCCAGUUGAUAGACAAACAAGGUUUAGAUAUUUAAAGAAGCAGGCAGACAAGAUCCGCAAGCGAGAUGUUAUUCUAAAAUUCUCAGGACUGGGCUCAGGAAGCAAUCUUGGAACCUUAGUGAAAGUUAGACAAAUACAGAAUAGCUUUCCUAUUGGAUCAUGUAUCAACAGAACAAAUGUUGACAAUGAAGAUUUUGUUGACUUCUUUGUGAAACAUUUUAAUUGGGCUGUAUUUGGGAAUGAGUUGAAGUGGUAUUGGACAGAGCCGCAACAAGGAAAUUUGAACUAUAAGGAUGCCGAUGAUAUGCUAGCAUUGUGUCAAAAGUACAACAUAGAAACUCGUGGACAUUGUAUCUUCUGGGAAGUAGAUGGCACAGUUCAGCAGUGGAUUAAAUCAUUGAGUAAAGCUGAUUUGAUGAAGGCUGUCCAAGAUCGGUUGACAGGUCUUCUAACUCGCUACAAGGGCAAAUUCAAGCAUUACGAUGUGAAUAAUGAAAUGAUGCAUGGUUCAUUUUAUCAAGACAGACUAGGCAAAGACAUCAGGGCAAGCAUGUUCAAGAAUGCGCAUCAAUUAGAUCCAUCUGCUACCCUGUUUGUAAAUGAUUAUCAUGUUGAAGAUGGAUGCGAUACCAGAUCAUAUCCUGAAAAAUACAUUCAACAUGUUAUUGACCUGCAAAAGCAAGGUGCACCUGUUGGAGGAAUCGGUAUUCAAGGUCACAUAGACAGUCCUGUGGGACCUAUUGUUUGUUCAGCCCUAAAUAAAUUGGGUGUUCUUGGUCUACCAAUCUGGUUUACAGAGCUCGAUGUGUCGUCAACUAAUGAAUAUGUGAGAGCAGAUGAUUUGGAAGUGAUGAUGAGGGAGGCAUUUGCUCACCCUUCCGUAGAUGGUAUAAUGCUGUGGGGAUUCUGGGAACUGUUUAUGAGCAGGAACAAUUCACACUUGGUGGAUGCAGAAGGGGAGGUCAAUGAAGCUGGGAAACGAUUCCUUGCUCUGAAGCAAGAGUGGUUGUCUCACAGUCAUGGGCAUGUUGAUGAGGAGGGGCAGUAUGGUUUCAGAGGCUUCCAUGGAACAUACAUCGUGGAGGUGUACACCCCAUCAAGGAAGAUUUCCAAGACAAUUGUUGUUGACGAGGGUGAUUCUCCCCUGGUGGUAUCCAUCGAUUUAAAAGGAUCUUGCUUCGCCUAGUGACAAGUAUUUCUUCGUUGUUAUGUUGUGUGUUGAUGAUUCGACAGUUUUUUUUUUUUUGUUGAUAUACAUAAAGUUCGUGAUGUCAUGUCAUGUUUGCUUGGAUGUACUGUUCUUUGAUUAUAAAAUAAAAUGUGUUUAUUCGGGUUGUGAUGGUUAAA